UUCGGCUUCUCCUUUGGCGACUUUAUAGCGGGCAUUGGCCUCGUGAGAGAUCUUGUCACAGCUCUACAAGAUGGCGGUGGAGCCAAACUGCAAUACAGACGUCUUAUCACCAAGCUAAUGAAUCUCGAACGCGCAUUGACUAAAGUCCGAUUCCUCAAAGUCGACGACUAUCAUGUUUCACAGAAGAUCGCAUUAGAGCAAAUAACAAUGCAAUGUCAAGAGAGUAUAGAGGAUUUCUUGAGGCGAAAUGCGAAGUUCAACACGACGCUCGGUGCCCAGACGACUUUCUCAAAGUGGAGUUGGCGAGCCAAUUUACAUAAGAUACAAUGGGCUAUGUGCCAAGAAGAUGCUAUUGACAAGUUGAAGGCUAAGAUAACGGGACACACUUUGACCAUAAAUACUCUAUUGGCGACAAUACACUUGUGA